AUGGAUAACGAAGUUGAUUGGGAAAAACGUUGGAAGGAAGGACAAACCCUUUGGGAUGCCGGCAAGGCCAGCCCUGCAUUGAAGAAGCUGAUUGAGGAUGAAGACACAAAGCAUCUCAUCCCUAGUCAGGGCAUUGGCUUGGUGCCCGGCUGCGGUUCAGGUUAUGAUGUUGAGCUCUUGGCAACCCCUGAAAGACAUAUGACUGGUUUGGAUUACAGCCCUACCGCGGUGGAGGUCUGCCGCAAGAUUCACCCUCAAGCCGCCGACAAGAAUUAUGACUUUAUGUGUGCCGAUUUCUACAACUUUGAGAUUCCCGCUGGAGGUUAUGAUCUCGCCUAUGAUUACACGUUCCUGUGUGCUAUGCCUCCUAGAUUGCGACCCGAUUGGGCGGCUCGAUAUCCUCAACUCAUCAAGAAAGGUGGUGUCUUGAUCGCUCUCAUGUUCCCUCUUGAGGAAAAGGAAGGUGGCCCACCUUUCUCGUUAUCACGAAUUGUUGUCACCCAAUUUUGAGUGUGUCUACAUUGCCGAAGCCCAUGGCCAUGAAAGCCGUCUCGGCAGAGAAAAAAUCAGUGUGUGGAAAAGAAAGUAGAAAACACACUUUUUUUUUGCUCUUUUUAUUACUCUUCCAAUUUCGGGUUUUUGUCUACGUUGGCAGAGGCGAUAUCCUCGCCAGCCUCCCGUUUUCGUUUCUCGACACUAAGAAAGAUGAUUUUCAGUUUUGAACAUCGAUUGGUAAAAUAAACAUGCAUCGGAUCAUCAUCACUUACUUGGAAGCAAAAGCGAUUUCUGCACUCAAGGGAAACGAGACGCAAU